AUGCAGGAAGAGGAAGAAUUCGUCUCGGACCUUGUAGAACAAGGCGUCCCUACAGCUGAAGUGAUGGAGGAUGUUGAAGCUUAUUUAAAAAAAGAGGGUAAUAUCAGCAUAGAUGAAGGCAUUAAACGUUUAGAAGCAAUUUAUAGGAAGUACAAGCAGGUUGAACAGCAAUUAACUGAACAGAAAUUACGAUUGGUUUCGAAGCUUCCGGAUUUAAAAAAAUCGGUCGAAGUUGUCAAUCAUUUAGAAGAGAAAUCGAAAAAAAAGGAAACCGUGGAAGUGACACAUUUGCUCAGUGAUCAUGUUUACCAGCGGGUGAAAACAGAUUCACUUGAUAAGGUACUUCUGUGGCUUGGUUCUAAUGUUAUGGUAGAAUUCAGCUUGAGCGAAGCACGAUGUAUACUUGAAGAUAAUUACAAAAGUGCAAAUGAUGGAGUGGCGAAGUACGAGAAAGAGUUAGCAUUCCUUAAGGAUCAAAUAACGACAACGGAAGUCAACAUGGCCCAUGUUUACAACUAUGGUAUUCGAAAAAGAGCAGGUCAAUGA